UUUGUCUCUAAUGUACACAAAAUACUGACUAAAUGAUUGGUUUAUUUCUAAAUCAGUAUUGACUCAAACAUUGAAUUUGAAAAACAAUAUAUAUAUUAUAGACAAUCAAUCAAUGGAUUCAUCAUUUAGUUGUUUGUCUUUAACUACUAAACAUCGACUGAAACAUAGAUUAUUUAAACCGUUAUCAAUGGCACCACAAUCUAUGCAACAGUUAAAGACAUUGUUGUCUUUACUUAAAGCUUUAAAUGGUUUCAUAGAUGUCAAUGAUAUAAAUGAGUUCAGAAAAUUAAAGGAAUCGGUAAUUGGCUUUAUUGGACAUGAAGUUGCGAUAGAAGUACAGUCUAAAACGAUUCCCGAGGAUGACCAACAACAGGUCUAUUUGGACUCUUUUAAACUUAAUGUUUACUCCAUUUAUAAGGAGCUACAGAAGUCUGGACUUCAAAGUGCAAAGCAAUUAGUUGAAGACAUCGAGCAUUUCUUCCUAAUGAAACCAAAUUAUAAAUUAAAUUUCAAAGAUUCAGAUGAGUCUACGGGUGCCACUGGAAGUAGUGACAGCAAUGAUAGCCCGUAAACAAU